UCCGUUCGUGUCGUUUUUUCGUGAUUUUUUAUUGUUUUCCCUCUGUUCGUUUUUGGAUUUCUAGAGAGGCUCUUUUCGCCCUUGCAUUGUUUCAAAUGAUUUGAAAAUAAGUUGGAAGGCCUUUUUUUUUUUUUAUUUCCUGUUUGACUAUCAACAACCUUCACCGAAUUUCAUUUGUGAUUGCCAGAAUUGCCAUUGUCCCAGUCAACUUGACCUCAUCAUUACCCCCGGUUGGUUGUGACAUUUCGAUGCAGUGAACCUUGAUUUUCGCACCAAAAACCACAAACCGAAAAAAAAAAAAAAAAAGAAGAAAAAAGAUGAGGCUCUUCCGGAGACGGACGGAUGGCCAGCACCCGCAAUUGCACGAGACGAAUAGCACGGGAGGUCCAGAAGCGGCGGCGCUGUUAAUUUCGAUGGAAUCGACAGGCAGCGGAACUGAUGGCGACCAGUUGAGUGUCAGCGGCCGGAGCGAACGUGAAACUUUGGAUGACAACAACUAUCAAACCGUCAAAGCUGUGCCGGCCAUCGUCGUCAUCAAUUCGCCAAAAGCCCACAAGAGCAAAGUAGGUGGGCCAUCGACAUGGGGCAAGAAGGUCGGUCGCAAGUGGGAGCAGAAUAAGAAAGUGGUGAAUCAGCCGUCAGCAAACGUCAGCGAUUCGACUCCUUUGAUGGAUGGACAGCAGCAGCAACAAGGAGACGGACCGGUCGAACCGGUGCCGACAUGUUCGUCACCAACGGCACUUUUAGCCGAAAAUGCGUUCGGUCAGUCGUGCGAGGGCGUGGCCCCUGCGACGAGCGGCAAGAAAUUGCUGCAGCAACAACAGCAGCGAUGCAGACCGGCCGUCGUCAAUAACAAGACGGGCGCCAAGAGACGAGUUAGUCGGGUCGAAUCGCUUCGUAACUUGUUUUUGCGCUCGUCCAAACCUUCGGCACGUGCCGAUCCGGCCAUGCAACACGCAGCCCAGCACCAAGAGGCCGCGCAUCCGUUGAUGCUGGCCCAAUUGUUGGCUGCCACGCCGGACGUGAUUCAAGAAGCGCAAAAGAAAAGCAUCUUGAUUCGAGAGAGUAGCAUCAGUGGCACGCCCAGCAACCGCUUGAUGCCGCUACCUAAUCGCUCCGUCAGCUUGGAGAACGUGUCCGCGUCGAGCGUCAUGGGCCACAUGCAGCCGGACGUGGCAGGCACGGUCAGCAAGAAGAGCCAUUUCCCUUAUUCUUUCAUUCGUUCGCGCCUUCAUCGGCCUCUGUUGUCGUCCAGCUGCGAGGCUGAGGUGGAGACGGCCAGCGCGGACGUCACACAUCCGGCUACUUGCUCAAAGUUCGGCACGGAAUUGAACGCCAACACGACGGCCAGUUGCGAUGAUUUGAUGCAAGAAGCUGCUCGCCAGUCUUCUCAUCCGGAUCUUCAGCUGGCCUCGAUCCGCUAUCGGAGCGUCGUCAGUGUCAGGCACAGUCAGCAGGAGGAUGCGUUUAAAUUAGUGCGCAGGAAGCGCAGUUUCUCGUUAGCAGCGUUGCCGCUAUCAGCGGCGGAAGCGACGCAACAAACUUCGUCGGCCAACAGUCACCGGUCGGAGGAGAGCGGAUAUGAAAGCGAUUCCACUCGCAACGGAUACGAGUCGCCAAGACGGACGUCAGCGGACAUUGGCAAGCCCGAUCCAGCGAGUAGCAUUCACGUUUCGUUUGUUUCGUCUUUGAAGCCAGCGGAACAAGAGCCGGAAGCGAACCGGUCUCGCCCUACACCCACACCGACGAUGAACCGAUCGAUGGAUCAGGGCGAUGCGUUUUCGUUGGACGAGCAUUACGACGUGGUGGACGGUGCAGCGAGAGUGGGCCAGCAUCAACAGAGAUGUUGCAAUUGCCGUUGCAACAAUCAACAAGCGGACACGUUGAAACAAUCGAUCGCGCGCAAGGAGCCGAGCGUCAUGUUUGGCGUGGCUCAAUUGAGAUCCUUAGAAACGGGUGGAUCGCGAAGUCCUAGGCACUUGCCCGUCAUUGGGGACUCUGCGCUGGCCAGCCGCUACGCCCGUUCGUCGUCCCUCGAUCGUAAGAAAUGGCUGCAGCCUACUGUGUUGAUGGAAAUCGGCAAUGGAACGCUUGGCGAUGGCACGGAUCACGGGAUGAUGGCGUCUUCUCUACCACCGGGAUACGCCGUCCAGCAAAUCAAUCAGCAACCACCACGUCCUUCGUCAUCGUUUGCUUACGCGCCACACUAUCACACGCAACAGCAGCAACAAGCGCCACAACAACAACCGCAACGUCAAUUCAAAAUGUUGCGACUAGUCAAAGGCGAGACGGGCGAACUGGGCAUCUAUAUCAAGAAGAAACCCAGUCCCGAUUCCGGAUCGGUCGGCUACGUCAUUGCUGGAAUUGAGCCGGGAGCUUUAGCCCACAGGGAUGGCCGACUUCAAAUCGGCGAUGAAAUCAUUAAUGUAAAUGGCUGUCGACUGCGAGGCGUCGGACUGCAAGAAGCGCGCGAUAUUCUUCAAAAUGCUCCCAGAGAAGUGGACAUCGUCAUUGCUCGAUGCGGUGGGGAAACGGCGGCCAACGGUAGGGGUCGUUCGACGACGGACGAGAGCGGUCCGGAUACGGCGGACAACAGUCCGUCGCCGACUCCCAUUCCACGAGUGUCCUCACCUUCACCGCCUCGUUAUUACGACCCAAGCGUCCGGUCUUCUCCAGCCUUGGCCUCGAUCCACAAGCUGACGCAAGGUGAUGCGACGAAGGUCCGAAAUAAGACGCCGCAUCAGCGUCGUUCGCGGUCAGCCCACCCACAGCGCAAAUCGAUGGGCCCGCUAAGCGGGACGGGGGAAACGACGUCGACGACGACUCCGUCCGGCACUUCGACGUCGGCAGGUGAAAUGGGCUCAAGACGACCCAAAUCGUUGUCACUCUUUAUCUACACCAUCACGUACGAGAAAGGGGCGGGCAAGAAGAGCCUCGGCUUCAGCGUCGUCGGCGGACGGGACUCGCCAAAGGGAUCCAUGGGCAUCUACGUCAAAACCAUUUUUCCAAGUGGACAAGCAGCCGAGGAAGGCACACUAAGAGAAGGCGAUGAGAUCCUGGCGGUAAACGGAACGCCUCUGCAGGGCCUGUCGCACGCCGAGGCCAUCGCCGUUUUCAAAUCUAUUCGCAACGGUCACGUCGUGGUUCACGCUGCGCGCCGGGACACUGCCAACAGAAGCAAAUCCAAGUCGUGUGAUGAACUCGACCGAGUCGAAUGACGUGCCGCAAAAACGAAGAUUUGUUAGAGAGAAAGUGAAAUGGUGAGGGCCCUCGACGGCACGGUUCGCUAACAAUUUUCACGCUCACGAAAUGAAAAUGUGUUGCAUCAGACACUGUACAUAUCUUAUAGUCGUCUAGUCUCUGGGAACUAACGAAAAAAACAACAACAACAAAAAUGACAAGAUAAUACGUGGCAAUAAAUCUGAAAAGACGAAGCGCGUACACGGUUAAAACAUUAUACACGCAGGCGGCUCACCUGUACCAGUGUAUACUACAGGUGCACUAUAAUAUUCAAUUAUUUCUCAUUUUAACUCUUAUCGCUUAAUGUCUACCCAUUGUUUGUUGGAAUUGGUUUCGGUUCGCAACACUCGUGAAAUAAGACUCUUGUUACGUUGUCCCUUUUCAAUGAUCAAGUUUCUGUUAUGAAUAGUUUUAUUUCGUCACUAAAACUUGCCCUCCGCAUUAACUGCAUCAAUUUUGUUAGGUGUUGGGGUUUUAAUUAAAAGUCCAUCUGGCGUCAAUUAAGAAGAGGUUUGGCUCCCUUCCAACAAGUGUUUUUUUUUUUUUUUUUAACUUUCUUUUAAAAAAUAAAUAUUAUAUAUUGGAAAUCCAUAAGAUGUUAUUAAACAUAUUGGACAACGCCCUACUUUAGAAGGCAAUCGUUCAUAAUGGUUAAUUUAUAUAUGUGUAACCUGUUAUAUUGAAUCACAAUGUUUUCUUGUUUUCGUUUCCUAUGUCCCCCAGUGUUUUGUUAUCCAUUAUUGUUUGUUUUUUUUGGCAUCAUUUGCAUAAGUGAACCUGCAAGAUGAAUGGGAAAUGAACUCGCAUUUGAAUAAACCAUCUAUCAAAAAGA